UAAACUUUAACUUGAUUUAAUUUAUUAAUAACUUUUUAGUUAGUUCCUAUUGUUCCUGGAGGUCGCAGCAUUCCCCUCACGUUCAAAAAUCGAGCCCAAUAUUUCGAACAAGCCAUAAAAUUCCGUCUGGAAGAAUUCGAUUUGCAAAUAGCGGCAGUUCGUGAAGGAAUGGCCGGAAUAGUUCCGGUCCCAUUGCUUUCAUUGAUAACUGCAGAACAUAUGGAACAAUUAGUUUGCGGGAUGUCGCACAUUUCAAUUCCACUUCUUAAAAAAGUUGUGCGAUACCGAGAAUUAGACGAAAAUCACCAAUUAGUGAGAUGGUUAUGGAACAUUUUAGAAAGCUUCACCGAUGAAGAAAGAGUUCUAUUUAUGCGAUUCGUUUCUGGAAGAUCAAGAUUACCAGCUAAUUUAGCUGAUUUAUCGCAACGAUUUCAAGUAAUGCGGGUUGAUAGAGCCCCAAAUGGUUUACCAACAGCCCAAACUUGUUUCUUUCAAUUGCGUUUACCACCGUAUACAUCCCAAGAGAUAAUGGCCGAACGCCUUCGUUAUUCAAUAAAUAAUUGUCGCUCAAUCGACAUGGAUAAUUACAUGUUAGCGAGGAAUUCAGAUUUAGGACCAACAUCCGACGAUGAAGAAUAUUAAUUCAAUAAAAUUGUGUGACUGAAGAAAUAAUUUUCUUUUUUUUAUAAGUAAAAAAUAUAUUCUAUAUCGCGCGAUUUAUUUAUUUUAGCUCAAUGUUGUUAUUUGUUAAGUUUUGGCUUGUGAAUCAAGAAUUUUUUAAAAAAUCAUUUCAUUUUUAAUUAAAAAUAAAAAUUGUCAAAUUAAA